UUUAACAACAUUUUCUCUCGUAUUACCCCAAUACAAUUUAUUCACUGCGCCGUGCGCCCUUCACUUUCUCUGCAAAUUGACUGCUGCUGGAGUUAAACCUCAUUUUCCAUGGUGAUGUUGGAGCUAGCUCGUGUAUAUCUCGACUAAUCCAGAGAUUAACUAUUACCUCCCAUCAGCGGAGGUACUUGGUAAUUCUGCUCACGAAAGUUUACACAGAUUGAAAGAGUUGGCCUAGUGUCGACUCCGCAGGAUUUGUACGACCAAAGGAUGAGCUUAAAUGGAGCGACACGGUCCGUGAGGAUUCAUAUAACCAACCACAACUUGUUUGGGAUUGUGGCAUAGUUGUUGUUGAAGAAUCUCAGCCAUCUGGAAGCAAUCUUUCUAUGUGCACUGGAUGAUGCUCAAUUUCAAGCUGCUAUCUUAAAUCAGCUUCGAUAAACAAUGCCUCCAAGCUCUAGGGUCGAUGGUGCCUUUCGUGCUAUGAAAGCUAUCGGGAUUUCUGGAGACAAGGUGAAGCCAGUGUUGAAGAAACUGUUAAUACUGUAUAAUAAAAAUUGGGACCUUAUACAGGAGGAGAACUACAGGGUCCUUGCAGAUGCGAUAUUUGAAAACGAGGAAGCAAAGGAAACAGAAAAUAAAAAGUCAUCCGAGAAUUCUGAACAAGAGGAGCUUAUGCAUGAUGAGCCUGAACCACCUCUGAAAAGGCAGCGGUUAAAAAAUCAAUUAAGUCAACCAUAUGUUUCUCCUGAAUCUCAUGUGCAAAUCCAGCCACUGGGUGUUCUAGAUUCCUCUCAAUCCAUGGGCGACGAAUCACAGGCCGCAUCUUGUCCAUUACUUGGUAGAAACAAAGGAAAACAACCUAUUUCAUCCAAUUCUUUAGUACCACAGGGAGGAUCUCCUUUAUCUCAGCCUUCUAACAUAGACAAGAGCCUUCCAGUUUCUAGAAGAGCUGGAUCUAUUUCUGGUAAUGGAAUCCCAGUGUCACCUACAAAGAAAUCCAAUGCUAACCAUGCUUUUAUCAAACCUAAGGAUGAGCCGAUCACUGAUGACCUGCCACAUCUUGAAGUUCCUCUUGCCGUCAUCCAUCCAGGUUCAUCGAGUAAAAGUGACACAUUGCCAAAUGUAGUUGAGUCAGAUACAAAUGAUGGAAUUCCACCUUGUCGAGGAGUACCUAACAGCAAGCCUGAAACAAGCGCUGUUAAAUCUCCAACUGGCCUGGAGAUAGCUUCCUCACUAUCUGGAGAGGUGAAAAUUAUCUUGAAGUGUGGCCCGGUUCUUGGAAGAUCAGAUUUCCACAUGCCUGCUCUCGAUAAAGUAGUGAAGUUAAUGGAGGAUAAAUAUCUCAAACAAUACAAAGAACUUGAUCCUAAUUUUUCCGUGAUGAAGGUCAUGGCAGAUGUUUGUCAGUGUUUUUGGGAAAUGGGCACUGAAUCAACAAAUAAAUAAUCCAUCAAAUAUAGUCUCAUUAAGUUAAAGGAAUUUUUUUUCCUAUGAAGCAUGGAGGAGGAGGAAUGAGACUGGUUCAGUAGCAGGUUUACAUUGAGCUUACAACAUUUUGUGUUUGAGCUUAACAACAUCUUCGUAAAUUCUACUUUUUUUUCUUCAUGUUUUUUUUCUUCCUAUGCAUCCGUUAUUGCUGUUGACGCUGCUAAGAACCUUCUUGCCUUUUUCAUAUGAAGAAAGGGUUGGAAAAGUGUAUUAUGUUAGUGGAUCUAUGGUCUUUGAAAGUGAAGGCAUAAUUCACCUGAUUAUCUGCUUGUCUUGUAAAGAUGAACUCCUCAUAUGUGCA